AUGACUGGCAGUCUAGGUGAUAUUUUUGCCUCAUUGUUCAAAAAGAAGGAUGAGGAAGAACUGCUCUGGCCAAAUAUGACUUCGAGCAGACAGAGCGAAGAGACUUGCUGUCCAGCUCAGCAUGUCCGAAUAGAACAUGAAAGAAAACACCGUGGUAGCAUCGACAAUAAGGGUCACCGUAACCAGUUCCUAAGCUCAGCUUCAAGUACCUUUCCGCCAGCCGAAGACGUUCAAUUUGAAAAGCUCUCUCAAUCUAUUUACACCAUGCUGGACGAACCACUACAUAUACAGCCAAACAAUCAAAACUGCAUCAGUUACAGAAAUAGCGGCUUCCGCACCAAGUACAGAUAA